AUGCCUCUUCUUCCAACUGUAGCAAUCGCCGGCGCGACUGGUAAUCUCGGCACCAAAGUUGCUGAGGGGUUUCUCCAACAGCCAUUUCGCGAUAGGUUCCAUGACAUCAUAGUCCUAGCACGCUCCCAUUCACCCAAGGCCGAGAAUCUCGUGAAACACGGCGCAUCACUACGUCUAUAUACCGAGGAGAACUUGCAAGAGGCACUGGCUGGGGUCGAUGUCCUUAUCAACACUGUAGGCCCCAGUGGUCAUCACUUCAAGGAAAGCCUUCUUCGCAGCAUUCCUGGUUCAAGCGUGAAGCUCUAUUUCCCUUCCGAGUUUGGUGUCGAUCAUUAUGUGCACGACUUUCCACACGAAGAAUGGGACGCCAAGAAGGCGCCCUUCCAGCUUGCAUCAGAGCUCAUCUCCGACAGAAGCAUAUGCCGCGUCUAUGCUGGCCUAUUCCUUGAGGACUCAAUCGGUCCGUGGUUUGGCUUCGAUACCAAAGGGGGCAGAUAUGAGGCUAUAGGGGACCCUGCGCAGAAGACUUCGUACACGAGUAUGUACGACGUUGGCAAGGCAAUCGCCAUACUCGCAAGUCAACCAGUCGGUACCAUACGACCUGAGGUGUGUUUCAGCGGUGACUGCAAGUCCAUGACUGAGAUAGCAGAGAUCAUGGAAGCGAACGGGGCAGAUCGUGUUCAAGUGACGAGUGUGCCGCUUGAAAAAUACAAGGCCAGUGUACUGGCGAAGCCAUCGCCUACGCCAGAGCGGUAUCUACGGUUCUUGAUGGGCGAGGGCAAGAUCAACCAUUCUAAUGAUGGGAUAGAUUAUAGUCUGAAGGUCGAUGAUGCCGAGGAGAAUGCCACUUCGGCUUGA